AUGGCACCAAGACAAAUCACAUUAGCAGAAAUGAAAGACAAGAGUUCAAAAAAUUACUAUGAAAACACAAGAAAGGCAGAAGAAUAUUUCAACCAGGCUAAAACACCCGUCAAAUACAACCUUCCUGUUUCUCUCGCUUUGCGUCAACAGUUUAAUAUCAAAAAGUCAACAAAUGAAAAUCUGUACAUUAGAAAUUGUAUCAAAACAGGCAAUACAUUAGUGUUUACUGACUUGAUCAAUAGACGACUUAUUAUUUGUAAUUCAGAUGGUACUAAUAUACAUCACAUUCCUCUGUCCUAUCAACCAUGGUAUAUAACAGAGAUAGAUAGUAACACUGUAGCAGUCUCAUGUGCGUUUGACCAAACAAUACUGAUAAUAAAUAUAUCUACACGUUCUGUCACCAGUACAAUCAACACAAGUGGUGUCUGCUCCGGAAUAUCAUAUAAUGAUAAUAACCUGUACGUUGUUAUUGGUGGGAGUAUAAUACAUGUGAUGGACCUGAGAGGUAAAGUAACACGUACUAUACCGCUACCUUCAGACGAUAUCUGGGACAUUACAGUAGACAGAGACAGGGUGGUCUGUAUAGAAACUACAUCAAUAUACUGCUGCUCGUUAGAUGGAAAAAAAAUGUGGGAAUUUGAAAAGGAUAAAUUUGAAGAUCUAACUCGUGUAACAACAGAUCAUGAGGGGAAUGUUUAUGUGACUAAUGAGAGUACACACACUGUAAUAGUUAUAUCUGAUGAUGGUAAACAUCACAGAGAACUUCUUACUGAAUCAGAUGGAUUGGAUUGGCCGUGUGGAAUUUAUUUUGACAAAAAAGAAAAUACUCUGCUUGUUUGUAAUUAUAUGGACGGAAAAGCUUUUCUUUUCGACGUAAAAAAAAACUAA